GCACGAAGAGACGAAGUAAAUAUAAAAACUCGAGUCCAUCGCUAGUCUGUAGUACGAGAACGUGUUUCGAUCUAUCGAGCGGCGCUUUGGACCGUCUGGUUACGGUGCGGUUUGUUCAGUGUCAGUGCUGUUCUCGGCACGCUCGGCGAUCGAGGUUGAGAAUAAGGUGACUUCGCUGCUGGUGGAUACACGAUUGUGAGAAGAAUGUGCCGAUAGAUCGACAAUCGGCCGACUUCCUGCACCCGCCGCGACCUUUUCAAAACGUUGAUUGCGAUCGCUCAAUAAACGCGUAUCGCGAGGGCUUCUCAAUCAGACGACAAGCCGCAGCCAAGUGACUAGAAGAUAGCCGAAUUUGUUCAAUGAUGAAAUUAUUAGCAGGCGUGGAAGAGGUAAGCGACCAAAGCGAGAAGCAGUCGAACAAUGAGGAACUGCACAAUAACAACCAUGAAAAGCAACAAAAAACAGAUGUCACGCAAGAAACGAUGAAGUUGAUUAACGGCGAGGUAUACCGUAGGCUUUCCAGAAAGGUGGACGAGUCACCUAUAAAAGAUAAAAAGAUUACGCUUGACGAUGAAGAGAAAAUGAGACGUCUUCUUAAUUAUGAAGAAGCUCCUGAAUAUCUUCAACAUAAUCCUUAUAUUCGUCACGGAUAUCGAGGAUAUCUUACAACAAAAUUAUGUAUCGAGAGUAUAUUCUGGUGGACAAAUGAAACAGUAAACAUAUGGAGUCACAUAUUCGGAUGGAUGUUAUUUUUCGGUCUGACUCUGUACGAUCUUUGUCUACUAAAUAUUCACGCACCCUUUGGUGACAAAGUGAUAGUAGCACUUCUACUGAUCUGUUUCCAGGCGUGUAUGAUAUUAUCUUCGGUGUACCACACGUUUUCCUGCCGAAGUGAAAAAGAUUAUUGGUGUUUUCUAUCAUUUGACCUAUUUGGCAUUGCUUUGAGUCUUUUAUCCAUAUAUAUGUCUGGAGUUUACUACGCUUUUUGGUGUCACAAGGAGUUGCAGAGAUUUUAUUUGAUAACGGUGUUGGCAAUUUUUAUAUUUGCAAUGAUUCUGCAAAUACCAAAAUUGAAUGUCAAUGGAAAUGUCAAGCUAGUCGUUUUUGUCGCUUGGGCAGCUUAUGGAGUGCUGCCAACGCUGCAUUGGAGUAUUGCUAUGGGUGGCAUGGACAACCCGAUCGUUAGAAUGUUGCUUCCAAGGGUGCUAGGAAUGUAUGUUAUUAGCGGUGUAGCGUUCGUUAUUUAUUUAAGCAAAAUCCCGGAACGAUUUUGUCCAGGGUGGGUAGAUUAUAUUGGUUCGUCUCAUCAGUGGUGGCAUGCAUUGGUAGUAUUGGCUCUUUAUUAUUGGCACAAUACUGGAAUGCUAUACGUGGAAUACAGAAUGAACCACGGCUGUCCAAGUAAUAUAAGAUUAUUAUGACAGACAGACACUGACGAUCAUUCAGGCCAUGGUUUUAUCAUGGAAUGUGCUUGCGCUAUGGAAUUCAAUGUUUGGUCGUCAGAGUAUUACAACAAACUACCGUUUUACGCUAUUGAGAGAAAGACAACUUGCGUAAUCGUGAAUCCAUUGCAAGCAUACCUUCAUCGACAGGUGUUCUGAUGUUACAGUGCGUGAAAUCUGUAGAAUUUAGUUAAAACAACGUUAAUACGGGUCCUUUCAAAGUAUCUGAAACGUUCUAAUGUUAGUCAUUUUUAUUUAUGUUAUAUUUAUAAAUUUUAAAUAGACGUACCGCAAUUUCUUUUUAUUAUUUCAAUUUUUAUAACAGACAUCUUUCUUAGACAUUUAUUUUAUUCCCAUGUGAGAAACAAGCUUGCGCAAUGCUUUUAUUGCAAUAAUUAUAAUUUACAAUAAAAAGCAAGGUUGCAAGUAUUAAUUGAUUAUUAUUAAUAAUAUGUAACUCAUAAAGAUGCAAUGACGAAAAGUAUUUUGUAAUUGCAAUUGGAAAUUUAUCCGCAGGUGGCAAAAGUUUCUAAGUUUGUACAUAAUUGACGCAACAGAUAUUUAUUAUUUAAUAAAAUAAUAACAUUGGAAGAACGUGAAGAAAUUGAAAGAACUACUUCUGCAGUUGUAUGUUAUUAAAUAACAUUUGUAAAACUUGCAUUGUGUGAUAGUAAGAUAAAAGUAAUAUAGUAAAGUAUACACAUUGAUUUGAACAGUGCCUGAAAACUUGUAAAUAAAGAGUUGUAAAUGAGAUAAAUGCGAAAGUUUUCUAGAAAAAAGGAAAUAAGAAAAAUUUAGUCAUAAAUUUGAACGUUUUGCUAUAUAAAAGAUACUUGAUUAUUAUAUAAAAAUUAUUUAUAUUCUGUUUUCAAACAUCAUAAGAAAUUAUACCUUGUUACUUCUAUAAUGGCAAUAAUAAUAUAUUUUUCAUUAGCU